AUGUCAUUGAAUACAGAGCAUUCAGAAGGAGGCCUUCGUCUUCUCUUCGGACCACAAUGCUGUGAAAUCGAAGGCACGAUCGCCCACAUCCGGGAUGCUGUAUACAAAGAUCCAGCCGGCCUGGGGUUCUUGUCUGAUAUUCUUGACGAGCUUCCCUCCUUAUGGUCCGUCAUAACUGCUGCCUGGCCAGCCCUACAGAAGGUGUCGGGGGAGAGGCACCUGGCUGCACUGGGGCGGCGUUUUGAGAAUGGAUCUCCAGAUAGCGAGGCAGAAGCCUCAAGUCUCAUCAUGACUCCAGUCACGGUGAUGAGACAUCUAGUUGACUUUUGGAAUCUCCAAAGUGUUGCGACACAUCCGGCGUUUCCAUCCUCAUCAUUAUCACAGACCGCAGCCCCAAGGAUAAUCGACACACAGGGGUUCUGUGUGGGCAUUCUGGCGGCAAUUGCCGUGGCCUGCUCCCGGGAUACACGGGAGUUCCAGUCUUUGGCUUCGAACGCCAUACGGCUCGCUGUCUGUAUUGGGGCGUUGGUAGACUUCGAUGAGAUCGUGUCAGGCAACGCUAAGUCGAUGGCAGUGCGGUGGGAGUCCCCAGAGGACCAUGACUAUCUUGAACAGACUUUGACAAGGAAUCCCAAUACAUCCAAGGUAUAUAUCUCCUGCUAUACAGACGUCAACAGCGUCACUAUCACUCUCCCCGGUGACACUCCACAACGGGUGAAGCAGGAGUUCAGCGGCCGUGGUCUGCACACAAAGCAAAUCCCCCUCCGGGGCCGCUUCCACCACCAGCAAACACACCGCGAAGGCAUCCAGCACAUAAUGAAGCUAUGUGUGAAGGAUCCUCGCUUUCAACUCCCUCACAGCAACGCGUUGAUACUACCCCUUCGAUCAAGUCAGAAUGGGGAGGUGCUCAUAAACGCAGCCAUAUUGCACACCGUCGCCUUGGAGUCGAUCCUCUCCGCUAAGGCAAACUGGUGGGGAAUAGUCUCCGCAUUACUGAACAGCGCCGAUAUGCAAGUUGACGAGUCCCGUCUUCUAUCCAUCGGCCAAGAAGAGUUCGUCCCACGAUCAGCCAGAGGCCAUCUAGUAGCCAGGAGCAACCUUGAUGUCUACGGGGCACGAGUGCUUGCUAACGGAAAUACAUCGGCUCGCUCUUUAGGGUCGCUGCAGAACGGCACGCACACCCUCAAUGGUAGUCCACAGACAGCUGACAUGCCGCCUAUUGCCAUUACCGGCAUGGCUUGUAGAUAUCCUAACGCAGACACCACGAGCGAGCUAUGGGAUUUGCUGGAGCUGGGGGAAUGUACAGUGAAGAAGGCCCCUGAGAGUCGGUUCCGGAUGCCAGACUUGCAGCGGGAGCCGAAGGGCCCAUUCUGGGGUCACUUCCUCGACCGGCCAGAUGCGUUCGACCAUCGUUUUUUCAAUAUCUCAGCGCGAGAGGCCGAGUCCAUGGAUCCACAACAACGCGUGCUGCUGCAAGUAGCAUAUGAAGCCAUGGAGUCUGCCGGAUACUGCGGAUGGCAGCAGGCUGAGCUAUCGGACGAUAUCGGCUGCUAUGUGGGCGUGGGAUCUGAGGACUAUACUGAGAAUGUGGCGUCGCGACAUGCGAAUGCCUUCUCGGUUACAGGAACCCUGCAGUCAUUUAUAGCCGGCCGUAUCAGCCAUCAUUUCGGCUGGUCGGGCCCAUCGAUUACGCUGGAUACAGCGUGUUCAUCCGCAGCAGUGGCUAUCCAUCUGGCAUGCAAGGCCCUGCAAACAAAGGAGUGCUCGAUCGCCGUGGCUGGCGGUGUGAAUAUUCUGACAAACCCCAGAGUGUACCAGAACCUGGCUGCUGCUUCUUUCCUGUCACCGACUGGAGCAUGUAAGCCGUUUGACGUCUCUGCGGAUGGAUAUUGCCGCGGAGAGGGCGCUGGCCUCGUUGUUCUCCGGCCGUUGCAGGAUGCGAUUGACAACGGCGACCCGAUCCUCGGCGUGAUCGCUGGCUCAGCUGUCAACCAGGGCUCGAACAGGUCACCCAUCACCGUCCCCGAUGCGGAGUCUCAACGAUCGCUCUAUAACAAAGCUUUGUCACUCGCUGGGGUUGCCCCGGAUGAGGUCACGUAUGUGGAGGCCCACGGUACUGGCACACAAGUUGGAGAUCCGAUCGAACUGGAAAGCCUUCGCAAGGCAUUCGGAAACCCGCACCGAAGACAGAGUCUCCAUGUGGGGUCCAUCAAAGGUAACAUCGGACACACUGAGACCUCCUCGGGGGUCGCCGGACUGUUGAAGACGAUCCUCAUGCUCCAUAAGCAACGGAUACCGAAACAGGCAAAUUUCAGGCACUUGAAUCCCAAGGUCAUGCCUCCGCUCGAGAACGACCGAUUGGUGAUUCCCGUAGAGUCAACCAAAUGGGCAUCAGCGAGACGGGUUGCCAUGGUCAGCAAUUACGGGGCGUCGGGGAGCAACGCUGCGCUUAUAGUGAGAGACCACACUCCUAGCCUUUCGGGGCAGGGGAAGGCAAUGAUGGAAUACAUUCGAGAUGUGCCUAUCUUGAUCUCUGCACGGUCUGAAGAAUCUAUUCGGGCCUACUGCGAUGCCCUUCGCACCACCCUCUUGAGCCACCCGCAGUCCGAUAUCGUCGUCCGGGAAUUGGCGUACAACCUCGCAAUGAAGCAGAAUCGAACACUGCCGUUUACUCUUACUUUUUCAACCUCUUCUGAUCCGGCAUCGCUGAGCACCCGCUUGGAGGCUAUUGCCGCAGACAAGUCUGCCGAUAUCGUCCAGAAGCGGCCAUCCAGCGAGCCUCCAAUUGUUCUGUGUUUCGGCGGACAGAAUGGAGUUACGUCGAGCAUUUCACAAGAAGUUUAUGACAGCUCGGCCCUCUUACAGACGCACCUCAUGACAUGCGAGCAAGCAGGCCAGAAGCUGGGCCUUCCCAGUCUUUUCCCAAAUAUCUUCACAUCAGAACCCAUCGCGAAUACCGUUCACCUGCACUUCAUGCUCUUCUCUAUACAGUACGCAUCCGCCAGGGCCUGGAUCGACUCAGGACUGCGCGUAGACCGCAUCGUGGGCCAUAGCUUUGGUCAGCUCACUGCGCUAUCCGUGGCUGGCAGUUUGAGUGUUCAUGACGGCAUCCGCCUGGUUACUGAGCGUGCGCGCCUGAUCCAAACCAACUGGGGCCCAGAGUCUGGGGUGAUGCUCGCUGUGGAGGGUACGGAGAGCGAGGUCCAGCGGGUGCUGGAGCAGGCAGCCAACCGUGCUGACAUUGCCUGCUAUAAUGGACCACGGCAACAAGUGCUUGCCGGCACGGGGGAAUCCAUCCGGGCGGUUGAAGACGCUCUCGCUGCAAACCCAUCGACGAGAAACGUCAGGGUCAGACGUUUGGAAAACUCGCAUGCCUUCCACUCUAGACUUGUUGACAGCAUUGUGCCCGGACUCACAGAGCUCGCAGAGUCCUUUGUCUACCAAGCACCAGCUAUUCCCAUCGAAGCCUGUUCGGCGACUGGCGACUGGUCGAUUGUCACCCCGGCAAAGAUCGUCGAGCACAGCCGCAUGCCUGUGCACUUCCAACGCGCUGUCGAAAGAAUAGCUCAAAAACUACAAGUUCCCGCCGUCUGGCUCGAAGCCGGCUCAGCCUCGCCUAUCAUCCCCAUGGUGCGUCGAGUGCUGGAGAAAUCGUCCACAACUCACACAUACCACAAGGUUGACCUCGAUGGGUCGGACGGAAGCCGGAAUUUGGCAACUGUCACCAGCGCCCUCUGGGGACAGGGCGUCCAUGUCCAGUUCUGGCCCUUCCAUCAAGCGCAGCGUGGGACCUUCGACUGGAUGAACCUUCCGCCGUAUCAGUUCGCGAAGAACAGCCACUGGAUUGACUUUGACCCUACUGCUUUCUUCUUUUCCAGCUCCUCGGCGGAACUGCAAUGUGGGAGUCAGGAGCAAGCCGGCCUGUUGCGCAAGUUGAGCGACGGCCCAGAGGAGUAUCUGUUUGCCGUUAACACCCAAGAUGCAUUGUAUAGGUCAUGCACGAAGGGGCACGCGGUAUUGGACCAGACGUUGUGUCCCGCAUCCAUGUAUAUGGAGAUGGUCCUGCGGGCAGCAACUUCCGUCUUCACCUUGGGUGAAUCCUCAACACUGGCUAUGUCUCAUAUCGAGGACCUUGUCAUAUCAUCCCCCCUAGUAUUAGAUCCGCAAGGAAGCGUGUUCGUACGACUGAUCCCGGAGGGAGUGGGCCCUUCCCAGCCGUGGUCGUUCUCGGUCUUCAGCAGUAGCGAGACGGGUAGUGAGUCAUCGAUUCACGCCACAGGCAGUGUCUGCUUGUGCAAUGAAAGGUCCAGGACUCUGUCCCGCUUUCAGUCUAUGGAUCGGUUGAUGGACCCGGCACGGGCAAGAGGAAUUGAGGACCAUCUGGCAUCAAACGGACUGAAAGGAUCGACGGUCUACUCUGCCCUCGAACAGGUCACCAACUAUGCAGACUACUUCCGCGGAGUGAGGCAGGUGUUUGCAAAUGGCCGUGAGGCUGCGGGGCUGGUCAGUAUGGCGCCGUCAGCCACUGAGACUACCUGCAACCCCAUCCUCCUGGACAACUUUCUGCAAGUUGCAGGAAUUCACGUCAACUGCCUCUCUGGCCGCGAAGCAGAGGAAGUCUUCGUGUGCAACGCUAUCGGGGAAACGUUCGUUGGCGAGUCAUUGGUCAAGAAGGAAGACGGAGCUAUUCCGUUGUCAUGGAAGGUAUACACCAACUACGUCCGGCCGUCCAAGAACGAGAUCGUGUGCGACAUCUACGUGAUGAACUCUCAAGGAGACGGUCUUACCGCCGCAAUGAUGGGCGUUCGGUUCAUGAGUGUCUCCAUCCGCUCUCUCACUCGCGCACUGGCCAAGCUGAACAACAAUUUCCCUAACGGCGCGGAUCACAUCUCCGUCCCACAACUCCCGCCCAAGACCCAGCCAGCAAUUGUGACAGCCGACCAUGACGAAGCCAGUGACAAUGUAAAUGUGGAUGGCGACCUUGCUGCUGUCCAAAGAAUGCUUUGCGAGCUGUUUGGAGUUGGUGUCGAAGAGGUAUCUCCAUCAGUCUCGCUGAUCGAUAUUGGAGUGGACUCGCUCAUGAGCACAGAAGUGCUCUCCGAAAUCAAGAAGAGAUUUCAUGUGGAUAUUUCCUAUUCCACCUUGGUGGAUAUUCCCAACAUCCAAGGUUUGACAGAGCAUAUCUUCCCGGGACAUUCUCACCUAGCUCCUUCGCGGGUUGUGGUCGAACCAGUACGGCAGCAGACUGUGAUACCGCAAACUGUAACUCCUCUGCCCGUGCCAGCUGAUGCCGGACCGUCGCUAGUCUCAGUGGCACACCAAUGCUUCUAUGAGACACACGCCGCGGUAUCCCACACACACAAUGCCCACUGGGCCGGCUUCUUCAAUGCCAUUUAUCCGCAGCAAAUGACACUCAUCACGGCGUACAUCCUGGAAGCAUUCCGCGCCUUGGGCUCCCCGCUAGAGUCCAGUCAGCCAGAUGAGGUCCUCCCUAUUAUUUCCGUCCUACCACGCCACGAGCAGUUAAAGAAGCACCUGUAUACAAUUUUGGAAUCAGUCAACCUCGUGCGCCAAACUCCAACUGGUCAACUCGUGCGCACAGCAACACCCAUCUCGCCGCUCCAAUCGCACGCCUUGCAUGCCCAGAUCCGGGAUGCACACCCUCCAUAUUCACUGGAGCACGAUCUUCUCCAGAUCACAGGCUCGCGAUUGGCUGAGUGCCUAACCGGGCAAGCGGACGGGGUAUCGCUGAUUUUCCAGGAUUCCCAGACUCGGCGCCUGGUGGGAGAUGUCUAUACGGACUCCCCGGUGUUCAAGUCGGGUAACCUCUACCUCGCACAGUAUCUCACGGAUGUCAUCCGAGCUCUCGGCAACAGUCGGCAGGUUAAAAUCCUCGAGAUCGGCGCUGGCACAGGAGGCACCACCAAGAAUCUCCUCGAGCAGCUCUCGGCCCUCCCUGGAAUGGCGACACGCGUGGAGUAUACCUUCACGGAUAUCUCGCCAUCGCUUGUUGCAGCUGCGCGGAAGAAGUUUUCUAACUAUGAUUUCGUACGGUACGAAACUCUUAACGUGGAGAGCAGCCCUCCCCCGCUCUUGCACGGCCAGUACGACAUUGUGUUGUCGACCAACUGCGUCCAUGCUACUCGAAACCUCCUCGAGUCCUGCUCAAAUAUCCGCAAGCUCCUCCGGCCUGAUGGGAUCUUAUGUCUCGUCGAGCUGACCCGUGACAUAUUCUGGUUGGAUCUUGUGUUCGGACUCCUCGAGGGCUGGUGGCGGUUUGAGGACGGUCGGAAGCACGCGCUGGCCACCGAAAAUCUUUGGGAUCAAACGCUUCGUCAAUCUGGCUUCGAGUGGGUGGGCUGGACGAAUAAUGAGACUGUAGAGUCGAAUGCCCUACGUGUUAUUGUCGCAUCGCCGACGAACGUCUCUUCUGCUUUAGAGAUUUGCUCCAAGCCUGCAAAGAUGGAAACUGUUGUUUGGGGUGAAAGGGAUGGUCUACAGCUGCUGGCUGAUAUAUAUUAUCCCGACCUGGUUGACACUACGCGGAAACGACGACCAAUUGCUCUGAUGAUUCAUGGAGGUGGCCACGUCAUGCUAUCUCGUAAAGAUAUCCGUCCGGCCCAGACACAAACCCUUCUCGACGCCGGAUUCCUGCCCGUCAGUGUCGACUACCGCCUAUGCCCUGAGGUUAGCCUUGCAGAAGGCCCUAUGGCCGACGUGCGCGACGCGCUAGGUUGGGUGCGCCGCAUCCUCCCAAAUCUCCCCUUGCUGCGUCCAGAUAUCCGACCGGACGGGAACCAGGUUGUGGCUAUCGGGUGGUCCACUGGUGGUCAUCUCGCAAUGACGCUGGCGUUCACGGCUCCCGCUGUGGAAAUCACCGCUCCAGAGGCCAUAUUGGCUUUCUACUGUCCAACUGAUUAUGAAGAUCCCUUUUGGUCGAGGCCAAACUUCCCCUUUGGACAGACAGUCGCAUCAAAUGAUAUGGAGUACGAUGUCUGGGAAGGCGUGCAGAGCGCCCCGAUCAAGGGCUAUAAUCCAGCGUUCAAGGAACGGCCACUCGGGGGCUGGAUGUCAACCAGCGACCCGCGCAGUCGGAUUGCAUUGCACAUGAAUUGGACGGGACAAACCCUCCCUGUUCUGUUGGGACGCAUGCGCAAGGAGGGUCGCAGUCCCAAUGACCUACCUCGUCCCACGGACGAGGAGAUUCAGGCAGUUAGUCCAAACUAUCAGAUCCGCACCGGGCGGUACCGCACACCUACAUUUAUGGUUCAUGGAACGAGCGAUGACCUUGUCCCGUGCGCGCAGACCGAGUCAACAUAUAGCGCGUUGGUCAAAAACGGCAUUGAGGCGGAUAUCAGGGUGGUGCAGGGAGCGGUGCAUUUAUUUGAUCUUUAUCCGAGCUCUCAUGCUGGCCAGGAUGCGAAGGAAGCGGUGGUUGAUGGGUAUGAAUUUUUGAAAAGACACGUUCACUCUAAGGGUAAUAGCUACGAGGAUUAGAUUUAGAUUCAAAUUUUGCUUCCGCAUUAGAAAUUACAAUUUGAGGAUUAUAUUGAGGUCUUUCUAUA